AUGUCCCAGGAUACCAAGCACCGCGUGGAGCCCAGUGAGCACUCUGGGAAUUCGAAUGUCGUCGAUCAUCACGCUCCCAACGGUGGGUACAUACCCUAUCCAUGCGUAAGGAGGGCCACUGACUCUAUCCGUCCGUUGUCAGUGACCGACGACCAAGCUCCGGCUGGCCCCCGUAGGCCGGGCGACCCUCAUGUCAUCAAAGUCCAGCCAUUGAAGCGUGCUGAGAUGCAGCCCUCGUACGCACAGGACCUCGGGACAGGCGAGAUCGACCAUGGCUUUUACGGCUCGAUGAUGCAGGCUCUCGGAGCGUGCGUCGGGUUCUGCGGCGCUAUCCCCUGCUGCCCCUUCCCGAACCCCUUCCGCAACAUCCCACAAGGGUCGGUCGGGCUCGUAACGCGGUUCGGCAAGUUCUACAAGUCGGUCGACCCCGGCUUGGUGCAGAUCAACCCAUGCACGGAGAGCGCGCGCAUCGUCGACGUCAAGAUCCAAAUCAUCUCCAUCGGCAGACAGAAUGUCAUCACGCGCGACAACGUCGACGUCGAGAUCGACUCCGUCAUGUACUUCCAGAUCAUCAACCCGUACCGCGCGACCUUCGGGAUCACCGACCUGCGGCAGGCGCUCACCGAGCGCGCGCAGACCACCCUCCGGCACGUCGUCGGCGCGCGCGCCGUCCAGUCCGUCGUGACCGAGCGCGAAGCCAUCGCGUUCGAGAUCGCAGAGAUCGUCGGGGACGUCGCGGACAAGUGGGGCGUCGCGGUGGAGGGCAUCCUCAUCAAGGACAUCGUGUUCUCCGCGGACGUGUCCGCGUCGCUCUCGAGCGCGGCCCAGCAGAAGCGCAUCGGCGAGAGCAAGGUCAUCGCCGCGCGCGCGGAGGUCGACGCCGCGCGCCUCAUGCGCCAGGCCGCGGACAUCCUCGCGAGCCCCGCGGCGAUGCAGAUCCGCCAGCUCGAGGCGCUCCAGGCGAUGGCGAAGACCGCGCAGAGCAAGGUCGUCUUCGUGCCGAUGCAGCUCCAGAGCGACGUCGUGGGCCAGAUGGCCGCGCACCCCCAGGCGAGCGGGAGCGGGCUGCAGAGCAUGAGCGACGGGAUUGGCCCCGCGGGUGAAGUGGGCCUGCUUAACAGCGUAUCGUCGAUGUAA